GCUGACGCGCGGGCUCGAGCCAAGGCCGAUUCCGCGCCCGCCAUGGCCGACAAAAUGGACAUGUCUCUGGACGACAUCAUUAAGCUGAACCGGAGCCAGCGAGGUGGCCGCGGCGGAGGCCGGGGCCGCGGCCGGGCCGGCUCCCAGGGCGGCCGUGGCGGCGGGGCGCAGGCCGCCGCGCGAGUGAACCGAGGCGGCGGGCCCAUCCGGAACCGGCCGGCCCUCGCCCGCGGCGCGGCGGGCGGCGGCGGCAGGAACCGGCCGGCGCCCUACAGCAGGCCGAAACAGCUUCCGGACAAGUGGCAGCACGACCUGUUCGACAGCGGCUUCGGGGGCGGCGCGGGCGUCGAGACGGGGGGGAAACUGCUGGUGUCCAACCUGGAUUUCGGAGUGUCCGACGCUGACAUUCAGGAGCUCUUCGCUGAAUUCGGGACCCUGAAGAAGGCGGCUGUGCACUACGACCGCUCCGGGCGCAGUUUAGGAACCGCCGACGUGCACUUUGAACGGAAGGCAGAUGCCCUGAAAGCUAUGAAGCAAUACAACGGGGUCCCCCUGGAUGGCCGCCCCAUGAACAUCCAGCUCGUCACGUCACAGAUCGACACGCAGCGGAGACCCACACAGAGCGUGAACAGAGGCGGGAUGACCAGAAACCGCGGCUCCGGGGGUUUUGGUGGCGGCGGCGGCACCCGGAGAGGCACCCGCGGAGGAAGCCGGGGCAGGGGCAGAGGCACUGGCCGGAGUUCAAAGCAGCAGCUUUCUGCAGAGGAGCUGGACGCCCAGCUGGACGCUUAUAACGCGAGAAUGGACACCAGCUAAAGCGCGGCAGAUCCUGGCGUGGAGCAGGACCCAGACGUCUCCUCUGUGCCCCCGGCUGGGAGGGGCGCUGGACUGGGGCUGUGCGGCCAAUGACGGAUUUGUUUCUUUUAUGUUUUAAGAUAGGAUUUAAAAACUCGUGUAAAGGUUUUUUUUUUCUUUCCUUUUUUGUUUUGUUUUGGGUUUUUCUGGUUUUUUUUUGUUUUCUUUUUUCUUUUUUUUUUUAAUCUGAAACAGCCGUGUUUUGUACUGAGUUAUUUUUGGGAUAAAUGUUACCGGUUGGCAUUGUGGGAAGGUGGUGUUUUCACCUUUGCCAUAAUAAAGCAGAGAUGCGUGUGGAACUGGA